UGAUGCAAGCAAGGUCAAUAGAAGAUAGGGGACCUGCGAGAAACUUUGUGAUCCAGUGCACGAAGAUUUUCGCUCACGACAAGCUUCCUUCACCUCGACACCACUCUGCGCAAGCACAACCCCUCCGAAACCGAUCGCAGCACUGAAAAGGAAGCCACGAUGGUGCGCGUCAAGUUCCGCUACCUUGUGGUCAAUUUCCUCUAUCCUGAGCCUUCCUCGAAGUCGCGCACUGAUCUCCCCGACCUCGUGCAGAUCCACUCUCCCACACCAGAUGCUUUCAACGCUGGCGCAUUGGUGCGUCUGAUACGCGACGCAGUGGAAGACCUGUAUGGUGACUACGGCAGUGGCAUGGUCUCGAGUAGUUUGAAAGUCAAUUACUACUCACCCUCCACCUCUACAGCGAUAAUUCGUUGCCCGCGCGACCACUACGAGAUGGUGUGGGCGGCCCUCACAUACGUCACCAGACUCCCGAAGGUCGAUGUCCCAGUCGUGUGCAGGGUUCUUAGAGUCAGCGGCACAAUAAGGAAAGCAGAAGAGGAGGUCAUUCGUAGAAGUCAGAACAUUGUCAAGAGAGCAAAAGCUUGGGAGGGCAGAGGAGCCGACCCCAUGCUCAGCAGUGUUGAGAAGAAUGUGGAGAAAGAGAGGAAGCGGGAGGAUGUGCUGGCGGCGGUUGACCAGGGCGAAGAGAGCGAGGAGAUGAGCGAGUGA